UAGAUCAUCUUGAAAUUUAUAAUAAAAGUGCAACAUGGCAGAGGCAAUAGUUCAAGAUUGGUUGGCUGAAUAUGAAAGUUUAGAGCCAUCCGAAAUGCAAUCAUUUGCAAGUUUGCAUGAAAAUAAUCAGGAAAUCGCUGAAGCAAUAUAUACAAUAUUCAACGAAAGGCUUAAGUAUCCAGAGUUAAUUCAUGGAAUCUGUAAUCAAUUCCUUAGUUUUUAUCGAUCUAAAGAAGAUGGACUGAGAAAAUUUCCAAUGCAAUUUGUUCCCGUUCUUAUUUACGCGUAUCUUAAUUCGGUCGCAAUGGGCGACAAAAAAGGCUGUCGCAGUGUUGAAACACUGCUUAUUUGCAUCUAUAAUUCUGAAAUAACCGCUGAAGAUGGUACUCCCAAAGUGGUCUCAUUCCGUUUGCCUGUACUGGCACAGGCAUCAAUUUAUCAUGAAGAAAAAAAUCUUCCAUUAACUGAUCUCAGAAGAUGGGAAGAAAAUUGUAACAAAGAAAUCAAAUGGGGUCCAUUCUCACAAAUCGAAUCGAUCAACGCUCAGAGUCGAAUGAAAGUGAUGACUGCUUUGCUUUUUUGUUAUAAUCAUCAAUUGAGUUUAACACAAAAGAAUACUUUGCUGCAUUUAUGCCGUAUGGCGUCACAAAUUGUAAAUCAGGGUUUCACAAAACCCGGUCACGCCCAUCGAACUUCAUAUGGAUCAGAUCCAACAAAUGUUCUUGUGCCGAGACCCCCGCCGCGAAUUCCAUUAUCAUCGAAUUUUUUAGUAGAAUUGGUACAUGCAAUUUAUUUUGCUAUGUUCAAUGGAUUCGGUACAAUUGCUAUUCAAACUUUAGAAGAUAUACAUAAUAGAGGAUGUUUUGAGAUGUAUUCUGAUGUUGUUCUGGUAACAAGUGCUGUGAAGAAUUCAUUACAUGCAAAUCCAUCAGGCCAACCCAGCGAUGGUCCUAUGGGCCUUAGCGUAGCAUUGACACCAUCAACAAAUGCAGCCCCUAUAGUAUCGAAAUCAAUGAUAACAAAUGCAUCAUUUCGUACCAAGAAACUUCCAGACGAUUUGGACAUGGAAUUUCUGGCUAGUUUACCCCAUCAGCCCAAUGCCAACAAUGAUCAAUAUCAGCGUUCAAUUGAUAACAACAAUCCGGACGCAAUGAUGCAGAUGCAAAUAGAUGGCAAUAAUGAUCCCACCAACAUGCAAAACCAACAACAGAAUCGAGAUGGUUCAAAGAAGACUAACAAUAGCAAUAGUAGCAGUGGCAGUGGCAGUGGCAAUGAUAGUAGUUUAAUAAAUCCAUUGCGAUGGAAAACAUGGGGCUGGAAAUAUAGUCCUGGCAGUAAGACUUCGAGUAUUGAAGAAGAACCCGAUUCACCGAAAAAAUCAGUUUCAUCAUCAAAGAAUUCAUCGCCUAAUGCAUCGCCAAAAAUACGAAAACCCCAACUUUCGACCAAAUCAACUGAGGAGCUUUUAAAUAGUUUUACCAAUUCAUCAAUGGUGGCGGCAAUUCGUCGUAAGAAAUCAUCAUCGCCAGCCAAACAAUCGCCAGAACUGAGAUCAAGUGCGGGUGCACGAUUGAUAAGCCAACUUGAGGAUGCAUGCGAUUCGGGUGAUGAGAAAGAUGCAUUGCUUUCAAAUGGCCGACCGGCUAGUAUACAUAUAAUACAGACAUCCUCUGGAUAUACAAUCAUUAAUAAAUAGUAUUAAAAAAAAAAGUUAAA